AGGAUCUCCUUCACUUUCACCACAACUCGGUGAUCUUUUUCUCCCUUCUUAUUACUUAAAAGAUCCGGAGUCUACAACCGGAAAUACACAGAAACCGUCACAAUGCCGAAGAGAAGCAAAUUGCUCCAAGCUCUGGACGAGCACCGCGGCCGGGACUACGAUGCCGAGAAGCAGAAGAAGCUCGUGAGGGCGGCGAACAAGAAGAAGGCGGCCAAGGGGGAGGUGGCUGAGGAUAAGAAGGAGGAAGACAAAGCAAAGAAGUCGAAGGUUGAGGAGGGAGACGAGAAGGAGGAGGAGGAGGAGGAGGAGGAAGAGAAAGAAUCUGCCGAAGACCAAGAAUCCGAGAACGAAUCCGCCGCCGAAGAGGAAGAAGAGGAGGAAGACGAAGAAGCCGAAGAAUCCGACAUCCCGCUGAGCGACCUCGAGGACGACGAGCGUGAAGACGUGGUGCCGCACCAGCGGCUGACCAUCAACAACUCGGCGGCCAUCACGGCCUCGCUGAAGCGCAUCUCCUUCAUCUCGGCGCAGACCCCCUUCUCGGAGCACAACUCGCUGGUGUCGAAGGAGGAGAUGGAGGUGCCGGACGCCAACGACGACCUCACCCGCGAGCUCGCCUUCUACAAGGUCUGCCAGGCGGCGGCGACGCAGGCGCGCGCCCUGCUCAAGAAGGAGGGCAUCCCCUUCACCCGCCCCGGCGACUACUUCGCCGAGAUGGUCAAGACGGACGAGCACAUGGACAAGAUCAAGAAGAAGCUGUACGACGAGGCCGCCGCCAAGAAGGCCGCCGCCGAGGCCCGCAAGCAGCGCGACCUGAAGAAGUUCGGCAAGCAGGUCCAGGUUGCCAAGCUGCAGCAGCGCGCCAAGGAGAAGCGCGAGACCUUGGAGAAGAUCAAUGAUCUGAAGAAGAGUAUGCCCCGCCCCCAAACUUUGCUUUUACCUGCUGCUUCUUAUGGGGGGUCGGGUCGAUUCGGACACCUCGCUAACUUUCUGCCUCCCACAGAGCGCAAGGCUGAUACCUCCGGCGAGGCCGACAACGCCAACGAGAUGUUCGACAUCGCCAUCGACGAUGCCCAGCCCAACAACCGGAAACGUGCCUUUGGCAGCGACGGCGCCACCAACGCCAAACGUCAGAAGAAGAACGAGAAGUACGGCUUCGGCGGGAAGAAGCGCCACUCCAAGAGCGGUGAUGCCGUCUCGAGUGGUGAUAUGCGCGAUUUCUCCGUCCGGAAGAUGAAGGGCGGUUCGAGGGGAGGAGGUGGUGGUGGUGGCGGCGGCGGCGCCAAGAGACCUGGUAAGAGCAGGAGAGCUGCUGCCAAGGGUCGUGCUUGAUUCUCUUUUUCUUCAUCGUUUCCGUUUCCUACAGUUUCAUUUUUUUCUAGCUUGCUCGGAUACCGGAUGAGGGUCGCUUGGGUUUCUGUUUUACAAAAAGCAAUUGUUUCAAUUUUUACCCUCCCCCCACCACACCCCAUUAGACACCGUGACUGUGCUUGGUCAGGGUUAUGAAACUUGUGUAUAUUGAACUAAUCCAUG